CGUCCUCAAGUAGCAAAGCCCGAAGGAAGAACAGCAAGAUACGCUACUCGGGCCGCAAGUGUCUGCUCGGGACACGCUUCAGUCCUCCGCUGUUCCCUCUCCCUGGGGGGGUCCGGGACCUUUGGGAUUCCCAUCCCGUUCACUCCAGGGCCUGCGAGGACAUAGCGGCACCCAGCAGUGAGGACACCAGGCUUCCUGGAACAGCCAGCCUGUACCCAGGCAGCCCGGGCUGCCGCCAGUCAGCAAACUGGCCCCUUGAUCAGGCCAAGCCUUCUUGGACCCAGAAAGCAGGAUGGAAGUAGGACCAGAGGCAGCUUUGGCCAUGAGCUGAUAUGACCCAGGACAAGUCGCUGCCAGACUCCCAUUCUGCACAGGGCUUCUAUGAGAACUAUGAGCCCAAGGAGAUCCUGGGCAGGGGAGUGAGCAGCGUCGUCAGGCGCUGCAUCCACAAGCCCACGUGCCAGGAGUACGCUGUGAAGAUCAUUGACAUCACCGGCGGGGGCAGCUUCAGCUCCGAGGAGGUGCAGGAGCUGCGGGAGGCCACGCAGAAGGAGGUGGACAUCCUGCGCAAGGUCUCGGGACACCCCAACAUCAUACAGCUGAAGGACACUUAUGAGACCAACACCUUCUUCUUCUUGGUGUUUGAUCUGAUGAAGAGAGGGGAGCUCUUUGACUACCUCACUGAGAAGGUCACCCUGAGUGAGAAGGAGACCAGGAAGAUCAUGAGAGCCCUGCUGGAGGUGAUCGCCACCUUGCACAGACUCAACAUUGUGCAUCGGGAUCUGAAGCCAGAGAACAUCCUCCUGGAUGAUAACAUGAACAUCAAGCUUACAGACUUUGGCUUUUCCUGCCAGCUGGAGCCAGGAGAGAAGCUGCGAGAGGUCUGUGGGACCCCCAGUUACCUGGCCCCUGAGAUCAUCGAGUGCUCCAUGAACGAUGACCACCCUGGCUAUGGGAAGGAGGUGGACAUGUGGAGCACGGGGGUCAUCAUGUACACGCUGCUGGCCGGCUCCCCGCCCUUCUGGCACCGCAAGCAGAUGCUGAUGUUGAGAAUGAUCAUGAGUGGCAACUACCAGUUUGGCUCACCGGAAUGGGACGAUUACUCGGACACCGUGAAGGACUUGGUUUCCCGCUUCUUGGUGGUGAGCCCCCAGAGCCGCUGCUCAGCAGAAGAGGCCUUGGCGCACCCCUUCUUCCAGCAGUACGUGGUGGAGGAAGUGCGUCACUUCAGCCCCCGGGGCAAGUUCAAGGUGAUCUGCCUGACUGUGCUGGCUUCCGUGCGCAUCUACUACCAGUACCGCCGGGUGAAGCCCGUGACCCGGGAGAUCGUCAUUCGAGACCCCUACGCCCUCCGGCCUCUGCGGCGACUCAUCGAUGCCUACGCUUUCCGAAUCUAUGGUCACUGGGUGAAGAAGGGGCAGCAGCAGAACCGGGCGGCCCUCUUCGAGAACACGCCCAAGGCCGUGCUCCUCUCCUUGGUUGAGGAGGACUUCUGAGGGGAGGGCCGGCGGGGUAGGUGGGGCGGGGUAAGGCAGGGUGCAGAGGACACCGAAAGGGGGUGAGAGCAUGUGCAGGGCCCUGUCCAGAGGGUGCACUUGGCCCUGGCCAGGACCCUAGGAACGGGGGCCACUCCCCACUCUCAGGGGCAUCACUUGGUGGUCAGUGCAGCCGGAGCUAGGCCCCCAGACUGGGGGACCAGCUGCGGUCUAGAACCUGGAGCCUCUCGCAGCUCCACUGUCCAGGUGUACUACCAUCUCCUCUUCUCCUCUGGGAGCCCCAGAGUUACUGACACUCAGUGCACUGCCCGGAGGGUCCCAGGGUGAGGAUCAAAGAGACCAGUCUGAGAAUCGCAAUCACAGACGAUUUUUACUGACCCCACAAUAUCCAGCGACACCACGGGAGCCGGUUCUUCUCUGGGGACGUUUAUAGAGGCAUGUGGGAGCCCUUGCAUAAUUAACAAUAGAAAACAAUAGAAAGGGACUCAUCUGCUGUUUCUUCUGAGUAUUAUUCAUUCUGUGACUCCCAUGGUGCACAGUCUCAUCUGGUAAAUCCAUGGUUCUCCUAGACCCUUUUAAGACUGACUUUGAGCUUUAAAGAGCCCAUGGAACUGCAUUUCAUGUGCUGGAAACCAGGUUCCCUUGGAGAUGUGUGAAACCCCACAAAUAAGGCAAAUAAAGGAAUCAUUUUCUUUUUAUGGCAA